GCACUGGGAGAUAGAGAGGGAAAAUUAAGGGGGAGGUGGGGGCAACAUCACCACACACAUGAGCGAUGCUCCGUGAGCUUCUCUCUAUUUCAUCCAACCGUCUGGCUUUUCUGCACAAAGACCUCGGACUAAUGGACGAAUGCAGCGAUGCAACCCCCUGCUUGUCAUGCUUGAAUCACAGCUUCAUAUAUCCUUUUUUGUCAGAGCCCUCUUUGUCUUUGUCUGUCACCGCCGUCAGACGAACUGUGGGGUAGUGUGGCGGACACAGCAUUCUCCUCACCCCCCCUCUCCCUUGUCUGCGUCCCUGGCUUCUCUUCAUCCCAGUGUCGUUUGUGUUUUUUUGCCUCUAAGCUUGGCUCCCCUCUGUGUUUGGCUCAGUUCUUUUUGCUGCUCACUGCCUGCCUUUCGUCGCUCAUUUGAAACAGACUGCUAUUCUAUUUCAGCAGCUUGCUACAUGAUCUCUUCAAAAACAAUUUUCGCCGCUGUUCAGCUGUCUCACAAUAUUUUAACGCUGUCAGGUAUCCCUUUUCAUAACGUCAGGAUGCUUAUUGAGGGGGACCGAUCCUCUCCAGCCCCUUCACUCAUCCCUUUCCCACCCUUGUCCUGAUCUCUUGCCCUCUGACCCUCGCCUUCUUGUUGUCAAGCCCCACCCACCCUCUCCCUUUGUCCUUAACCUGAAACCUCUUCUCCUCUAACUUAUUUGACCCUCUUGACCAUGUUGCCAUGUGUCUGCUGGCUUCAACCUAUCCUCGUCUUGCUGUCCUCUGUCUUUUGGACCCGGGGGGAAAACUGCCCAGCAACCUGCCAGUGCCCAGAUCCUCACACUGUGAACUGCAACGGUCGUGGGUUGACCCGUCUUCCUGAAGAGAUCCCCUUGGAUGUCCGCAGGCUUUUGCUAGCCGACAACUGGAUACCCCACAUCCCCUCGGAUUUUCUGGUACUCUACAGUGACUUGGUUUACCUGGACCUCCGGAACAACUCCCUCUCCUACAUAGAACCUGGGACCCUAAGCACCACUUCCAGGCUGGUUUUCCUUGAUCUGGGUAGCAACAACCUGACUGAAAUCCCCACGGGGACUUUUGGGGAGUCACGAAGCUUAAUCAAACUACGAUUGGGAAACAACCCAUACCUGAGCAUGGUGAGCGAGGACGCCUUCCUAGGCCUCACCUCUCUGCGAGAACUGGAACUGGAACGCAAUGCACUGUCCAGCCUAAAAGUGGGGGCUCUGAGUCAGUUGCCCUCCUUGCGGGUGGUGAGAUUAGAGGGCAACCCCUGGGUGUGCAAUUGCAACUUUGCCAGCCUGUUUGAAUGGCUAAUAAAAAACAUUCACAAGCUUCCAAACGGCGUGGAAGGCAUGGAGUGCUCCCUGCCGAUGGACGGCAGACGGGUUUCUCUGACCCAGCUCACAAAGGACAGCUUUCGUGAGUGCCAGGCCACCCUGACUCUAACAGACCUGCUCAUUAUUAUUUUCUCCGGCAUCUCUGUGUCCGUGGUGGCCAUCAUGACCAGCUUCUUUUUGGCAUCAACUGUCCAUUGCUUCCAGCGCUGGAGUAAGGGUACCAAAGGGGACGAGGAGGACAGUGAGGAGUGAAAAAGACAAACAUCUUGUUCUGAGGACAUGUGUUGCUCUAACACUUUGAGAAUACUGAAGACAGGUUGGGCCUCGUGCCGUUUCCUGCCUAGUGACGACUCCGAACCAUUGGAAUGGGGAAGUGGUUCUGAUGCUGUCUAAAAAUGUGAACAUGUGAAAUGUACCAACGAGAGACAUUCCCACCGAAUGAAAACCAAUCAGAGUUGUGUAAGUGUGCCGCUCCAUUAGCAUUGGCAUUAGCGUAUUAUCCAGAUCUUAAGUUAUCGGUGGAUGUCGCUUACACCCACUGGGUCAUGGUUCAUUGUCAAAUGGCCCACAUAAAUAUACUGGGGCCAAAGCAUUUAUAACAAAGGAUAAACCAAUUACUUGUAGGAGUUGUUUCUGCUGUCAAUCUAGUAUUAAAAAAACACUCAUCUGAACUAAUAUGAACAUAGUGGACAUUCUGCACCAGAACCCAACAUUCUGUAAAGUAACACCAGAGUUGGUUUAAACACUUUCAUUUUACCUCAAGGAAAGAUUUCAACACAAAUAAGGACGUCAUGACAGCCAUGAUCUCCAGACUUAACUGUCUAGAAAGUCUCAUUCACCCAUAUUGAAAGGUUUUUAACGUGCACUGGGAAAAAGUUAUUAAUGUUAAUAAUGCUGAAACUUCUCAGCGUUCAGUUGUACUCUCAAUAUUUAGUCACCAAUUUGUGUAAAACAAUGAAAUAACAGUAUAUAAUCAAAGAUAGGACUCAAGAUGAAACAUCGUUUGUUCUUUAGACAGUAUGAGUUAUGUAAAAAGAAACGUUUGAAAUAUUCACAGUGUUACACAAAGAUAUGGCAAUUACAAUAUGAAUUAGAUUUAAUCUAUUAUUCUGUCAAAUAGUACACUUUACAUUGUAAAGCUAAUGUUGACAAGGCUCAAGCUAAUGUUGACAAGGCUCUAGCUACAUCAAGUAGAUGGAUACUGCCAAAGAUUAGGAAGAGGAAUGAUGGAAAAUGAAGAAUUUUCUCUACUUGGGAUAGUAUCACAAUAGAAAGCAAUUUGCACUUUGUAUAGAUAUAUUUUACUCACACAGUUAUGGGCUCCAAAGAUUUCUAUUUUCUUCCUGUCUGUGACUGAACCAGCAGUCCUAGCUUCUUACAUGACAGUGUUCUGAAGAGGCCACCUCAGAGAAAAUGAGAAUUUCAAGUAUGGCAAAUACGCAAAAGAGAAUAGUUUUUCAAAAUCAGAUUGCUUAGUUCACUGUAAGAUCUCUGAGAGUUUAUUAUUUCUUUAACUAAAGUUUAUUUAAACUUGUUAGUUUAUUAUCAAGGAUAAUAUGGGGUGCCGUUUGUAAAGUCAAACUGUCGUAAUUUAAUAGCAGUAACGGUAUUUAGUCUGUCAUAAGAAAAACAAAAUGGGAGUUCAUUUUUCAAAAUCACAUUUUCACCAUAUAAUUCAUACAUUUGUAAAUGUUACAUUUCCCAACUAAAAUAUUUAGUUAGACCUAAAUAUUUUGUUUGUGAAAUAACUAUUUAACUCAAAAUGAAAUAUUUAGCUUGCUGAUCUAAAUACUUAGUUUUAAAAUAAAUAUUUAUUAUAUUUUACAAACCAAAUAUUUGAUUUGGAGCAAAGUAUGUUGUUUACAAAAUAAAUAUUAGGUCCCAAAAAUAAAUUUUCCAAAAUAAAUAUUUAGACCCAAGCUAAAUAUUUAUUUUUGAGCUAAUAAUUUAGUUUGCAAAGUCAAUAUUUAGGUUUAGCCCCAAAAUAAAUAUGUAGCUGGAAUCUAAAUAUUUAUUUAGGAAAAAGAAAAUUUUAUAUAUUCAAUUUUAAUUUUAUUAUCCAAAUGAAAUAUUUAGUUAGCACAGAGAAUAUUCAUUUUACAAACUAACUAUUUAGGUCAGACCAACAUAUUUAGCUCCAAAUUAUAUAUUUAUUUUGCAAAAUAAAUAUUUAGGUCUGAUCGAAAUAUUUAGUUUGUGAAAUAAAUAUCCAACUCUAAAUUUAAUAUUUAACUUGUUUACUAAAUAUUUAGUUGACAAAUUUAACAUUUAUAAACACAUUGUGAAAAUAUGAAAUUGAAACAUGAACUCCCAUUAAUUUUCUUUUGUGAUAGGCUAAAUACCCCCCCCCCCCCAAAUACUGCCUUUUGAAUGAUGAUUAUUUGGCUUUACAAAUGGCACCCCAUAUAAUAGUUAUAGGAAAGCUCAUCAACAUUUCAUUAACAUCAUUCAUUCAAGAAAACAAAAAAACAUAAACAACCUCCAAUUUAAAAAAGCAGAACCCAGAAUAAUACAAAUUUUGUUAUAUGCAAUGUGUAUUUUUAAAACCACCAAUAUUUGCUAAAUGGUAACAUAUUUUAUCUAUUUUCUUCCUUCACAUUUUUUACUACAGUGUGAUAAAUUCAACAAUGCUGACAUGUAGCAGAAAGAAUGUUGAGAAGUGGCCGUCAAAAGAGCCACAAGCAAAUAGUCGACCCUUCUUUGUGGGUAAUAGACGAUAAGAAGGGAAACAACAAUCCUUUAUCCCUCUUUUGACAAGACACAAUCCUAAAUGUGCAACAUCUUAAGGCACGUUUUGCAAAAUGACAAAAAUAAUUAAUGUGGCCUUCUUCUUUGUUAUUUUUUCAUUGGAAUGAAUAAAAAAGCACAAAAAUGUCACAUUAAAUCAUGAUUUUUAAAGGAUGCGUCAAAUAAAAAUGGGUGUGGUUGGAAACCUGUGCUGUACAUGUAUGUGUUCAUUUAUGUGUGGUGUCCCUUGUUGUAAUGAAAAUGGAGCUUCUGGUUGGACUUGGUAAUAUGUGGAUGUUGUGUUUUUACCAGAACAAGUAGUGGACACACAACUGCUGGAGAUCAUGUUGAACAGGCAUUCAGUUGAUCCAUUGUGGUAAAAAGGCUUUUCAGCCUUCUCCAAGUGUUGGAGCCAUGUGCAUUUUCUCAUAUAAGAGUUGUACUAAAGGUAGAUGCCAUAUUUCCUAAACCUCAAAUCAACAAAGCAACAGAUUCAGAUCAUUAAAUAAGAAACAACAUCCUCUCUGCUGUGGUUGGACUUUGUAAAAGAUUUAAACAUAACAUCUUAGAUUGACGUAUAAAAUUAAUAACCGCUUGAAUUUAAAAGGAAAAGAAAAGAAAAAAAAUCCAGUUUUGCAGUUAACUUAAAAAACGUGUUUGUGACAAUCAGUACAAAUGUUAGAAAAAGCCAAACACUUAAAGUAAAGUAAGCAAAAGUGAAAUUCAGCACCAAGAAAAACAAACUCAACCUGGCACAUGAUGAGCACUUUCUAUUUCUUUUAUUUAAAAACGAGUGUAUGAAAACGUUCCAGCACAGAGUUCUCUUCUAGACACCGACUUGCCAAAUGUUCUCUUUUGCAUGAUGUUGAGGAGGACUAGCUUAAUAUGCAGGUAUUGCUGCUUUGAACUCGGUUCUAUUUAUAUGCAUGCCUGCUAAAGAAAAAAAAGGUAAAUUCAAGAAUUUUGGGUGCUUCCAGUUGCAACAUUGAACCCAUUCCUUGUCUUAUUGAAAACUAAACAAAGAAAGAUGGUCUAUCAUGUAACCUUCAACAUUAAGCUCCAUUAGAAUAAAAACAAAUAUUAUAGUGCAACUGAGAGGAUGGCAUUAAAGCUGGGGUCCGUGGCAGGACGCCAUCAAGGAGAGAAGAUUUUGAAAUUUGAAAGGCUGCAGCUACUGAAGAGGAGCCUACAACCACGCCAUACCCCGCGCACUCAGAUAGCCUUGUGCUAAUGGAGGGCAGACCAGUGUAUUCUUAGGUUGAAUGCCAGGCUAAAUACAUAGCUCCAAUACACAAAAGACAACUAUCUCAUCAUUCACCUUUCGUCUUCCACAAUUAGCUUGAAGUUCAACAGGGCUUCCAACUUUUGCAUGAUUCCAUGUCAUGUCGGCUCAUGUGGUGUCUCUAUGUUCUUGGGGGUGGCCUUGCUUUUUCAGCGUGGGAAGUUGGAGGUGUGGUGUGAGGGCGUGUGAACACAGUCAAAUGCACGAUAGCUGGCAGCCCUGUUUAAGACAGACAAUAAUUCAAUGCAGGUCAAGUCAUACCAGUCAAGUUUUGGGUUUGAAUUUAUGGAAGAGCACGGGCGGGUGAUGAAGCAAAUUGGGGUGUUCCAGGAAGUAAUACUGCUGGACGGGGCCAGGUGUUUCUUGGCCAAGACAGGAGACUUGGCAGGUCUGGGUCAAGUUAGCAAUAAAGCUAGGUUGGUGUUAGCUCUGGGCAAUAAGUCAAAAAUUUAUCGUUAUCAAAAUUUCUGACUCUUAUUGAGAUAAUUUUUUCCAUCGCAAUAAUGUUGAUAAUAAAAAGAUGUGUGUAGGUUGGCAACGUUCAUGUCCCUUUAAGAAGCUGUUCCACCUAGAGUUACGUAAAAAUGUGACUCAAGGUAAUACGUGUGACAGCCCCAUCUAGUGGACAACGUUAGUUUCUGCAUACCUGUAGUUAUCGUUAUCGAAGUGAAAUCGUCAAUAUAUCGUGAUAUUGAUUUUAGGCCAUAUCGCCCAGCCCUAGGAGAUGUUCUGAGCUGACAGGCAUCUGCAUCACCCCGUAGUGCAUGCUGGGAACUGGGGCGCAUUCUCAUUAAUCGACAGUUCAUUCCUGUGGAAACACAACACAAUUGGUCAAUGCUCUAGGCUCAUGUAAGUGAGUUUUUUAGCUGUAGAGGCCAGGGGAGGGGCUUGAGGGAAAUAUUAAUAAAGAACAAUUACCCACUUUAUGUAUCACAGAACAGGGUCAGAAAGUCAAAUGUAACCUUUUUUAUGUUGCUUUGUAAAUGGUAAACUCUGUACCUCAGCUUUAAGUCUGUUUCUUGUCAAUUUGAUGAUUUGCUCUAAUUUAUGAGCCGAACAGAAUUUUGUCCAAAGCCUUGAAGUUUAGGGACAUUUAUGGACUUACAAUGAAAACUGUGUCCAGUUAGAAAUAACUUGUAGUUGGAGCUUAUUAGGAAAACCAUUUUGAUGGAAACUCUGAAAUCAGACCAGAAUGAAAAUGAUCAAGUCAUUUUCAUCUUAAAACAGUUUCCCACUUAUCCAAAUGCACAGAUCCUACAUCAGAGAGGAAGAUUUUUUACAUGUUAUUAUUUGCAACUACUGUGUAGUUACUGUAUAUUAAUACAUAUUAUUUUAGCAUAGCUGUUGGUUUAAAAAAGAUUUAGCAUGACGGUUUUCUUUUUCAUCCUUAUUCCAUAGAUUAGCAGUGUCCGACCUUUCAGCAUGCCCUGUUGAGUUGCAUACAUUAUGAAUUUCAGAUUCAUGUCUAUUUUUCUAUUACACCUUUCCAAAUGAAGCAUUUCUUAACCAUACACAGCGUAGGUUUCUGGUGUUGCACACCCUUUUGGAAGCAGAAACUGGUGGCUGCUUUCAUAUAGUCCGUCUUUGUAUUGCUUAAAAUACCAAAUUCCUUGUUAUGAUUUGUCAGAUAAAUGUCAGAAUGGAUCAGAUCUACAUUAAGUGAUGGAAGAGAGAGCGAUGCUGCUGCUGAACAGGUUUCUAAAUGUCAAACAGACACUGUCAAACACUGUAUGUGUAUCUGUAUAUUGAUGUUUGGUUAAAAAAUCUAUAAUAGUAAUAAAAUCUUUUUUUCUCUCUGUC